AUGGUCUCUAUCUACAACGGCAGCGGUCAUGAAGACUUGGCUGCGUUAACCAGCCGAUAUGUCCCAGCUGCAAUGUCUCUUAACGGCACCGCCUACCUUGGAGGAGGAGUCCUAAUCCUCACCAAGACACUCACUGGGGAAUCAGUGGAAGUGAUAGACGAACCCAAAGCUAACAAAACAACGGAUAUCAUCGAUGUUAAAAUUGUCCAAGUUGCCUUCUCUAUAUGUUAUACAUGCGUUAGUAUAAGAUUGAAUGACCGAGCGAGGUCGAAACCAGGUGCUAAGAAUACCAGGAGAGAAGAGGCGGACAGAGAUAGGAAAAGACGCACAAAUAGAAUGCUCAUAUCAAUGGUGGCUAUAUUUGGAAUAUCCUGGCUGCCACUGAACUUGAUAAAUAUUUUCAACGACUUCUACGCCCAGAUGACAGAGUGGAAUUAUUACUUUGUGUCAUUCUUUCUCGCUCAUUCCAUGGCGAUGGCCUCAACAUGCUACAAUCCUUUCCUAUACGCAUGGUUGAACGAGAACUUCAGGAAAGAGUUCAAACAGGUGCUUCCGUUUUUUGAAUCGACGGGUGGAGUGAGAAACAGUUAUCAUUCUGGUCGCAUGCCAACUCACAAGGCUGACAAAAUAUGUAACGGAAAUGAUACUAUUCAAGAAACUUUGCUGGCUUCGUCAUUCAAUAGAGGGCCGUCGAUAAAGCAACGGAUAUUGGAAGGCAAUGGAAAGAAAGAUAAUGGGGUUGAGGUGGAGAAUAUUAUAUUAGAAGACAAGGUGUUAUCAGCUACGUAUCACACAAAAAGCGAAAAUGUAAACCUGCAGUUAAUAGAUGAAGAAUCACAGCAAAGUGAGACGAGGGAGACGAAAUCUCCUAUGUAA